GGGAUUAUAUCUGCAUACUGUGCUCGGUUCUACCCGGGGAUGCUAACGGAAUCACGACUACAGUCAUGCGUUCAUCAACAGACGAAAAAUAAACAUUGCAACGGUGUUAAUCCGUUCAUAAUAGUAAUAUUUUAUGAAAUAUCGUGCAGAAUAAGCAGCAACAUUUUACAUUUUGGGAGACUGGACUACUGCACCCACACAUCAGGUAACGUUAGCUAGCUAACGUUAGCAGAUCACGCUAACUGAGAUCAUCAUCAUUUUCUGCAGCACCACCAGUUUAGCCAGCUGGCUAGGUUUGGAGCUAGCUAGCUAGAUGUCGUGUUGCUAGCAAGAUAACUAGAUACAACACGAAUAAUGAUCACGAAUAGCUAGCUAUGGCUUUUGUAAUGUGUUGUAUUGUGAAAUAUGAUGGCUUGUUGAGAGAGCAGGUUAUCGCUUCAUUCAGCUCUGAAACGUUACUGGUGGACAGCUCAGCCAUCUAGCUAAGGAAUGUGGACACUGCAUUUUUACAUAUCACAGCUGGCUAUGCUGGAUAUUAUGCUGAAUUAGGCAUAUUCUACCCAUAUUUACGUUGAAACCAUUCCUAUCAUUAAUGUGAAAAGCUCAGUGUAUGUGAUGAUCGUUCUCCCCCCCCCUCCUCUCUCUCUCCAUCCUCCAUCUCUGUCUCUCACCCAACGCUCUCUCUCCUGCAGACUACCACCAUGGCAGACAGUUUUAUGGGCAAGGCGGCUACCAUGGAGAUUCCUAUCAACAGCAAUGGAGAGACCCUGGCCGAGGAUGACAGUUUGGAGCAGGUGGGUCAUUUGAUUGUGUCCCAAAUGGCACCAUAUUCUCUAUAUAAUGCACUUCUUUUGACCAGGGCCCAUAGGGCUCUGGUCAAAAGUAGGGCACUAUGGGAAUAUGGUGCCAUUUGGGAUACAGUCACUGCGUACAGUAUUCACAGUUGAAGUCUUGUUAACAAACUAAAGUUUUGGCAAGUCGGUUAGGACAUCUUCUUUGUGCAUGACACAAGUACAUUUUCCAACAAUUGCUUACAGAGAGAUUAUUUCACUUAUAAUUCACUGUAUCACAAUUCCAGUGGGUCAGAAGUUUACAUACACUAAGUUGACAGUGCCUUUAAACAGCUUGGAAAAUUCAGCUUGGAAGCUUCUGAUAGGCUAAUUGACAUCAUUUGAGUCAAAUGGAGGUGUACCUGUGGAUGUAUUUCAAGGCCUACCUUCAAACUCAGUGCCGCUUUGCUUGACAUCAUGGGAAAAUCAAAAGAAAUCAGCCAAGACCUCAGAAAAAAAAUUUGUAGACCUCCACAAGUCUGGUUCAUCCUUGGAGCAAUUUCCAAAUGCCUGAAGGUACCACGUUCAUCUGUACAAACAAUAGUACGCAAGUAUAAACACCAUGGGACCACGCAGCCUUCAUACCGCUCAGGAAGGAGACGCGUUCUGUCUCCUAGAGAUGAACGUACUUUGGUGUGAAAAGUGCAAAUCAAUCCCAGAACAACAGCAAAUGACCUUGUGAAGAUGCUGGAGCAAACAGGUACAAAAGUAUCUAUAUCCACAGUAAAAUGAGUCCUAUAUUGACAUAACCUGAAAGGCCGCUCAGCAAGGAAGAAGCCACUGCUCCAAAACCGCCAUAAAAAAGACAGACUACGGUUUGCAACUGCACAUGGGGACAAAGAUCGUACUUUUUGGAGAAAUGUCCUCAUAUCUGAUGCAACAAAAAUAAAACUGUUUGGCCAUAAAGACCAUCGUUAUGUUUGGAGGAAAAAGGGGCUUGCUUGCAAGCCGAAGAACAUCAUCCCAACUGUGAAGCACGGGGGUGGCAGCAUCAUGCUGUGGGGGUGCUUUGCUGCAGGAGGGACUGGUGCACUUCACAAAAUAGAUGGCAUCAUGAGGAAGAAAAUUAUGUGGAUACAGUGGGGGAAAAAAGUAUUUAGUCAGCCACCAAUUGUGCAAGUUCUCCCACUUAAAAAGAUGAGAGAGGCCUGUAAUUUUCAUCAUAGGUACAAGUCAACAAUGACAGACAAAUUGAGAAAAGAAAAUCCAGAAAAUCACAUUGUAGGAUUUUUUAUGAAUUUAUUUGCAAAUUAUGGUGGAAAAUAAGUAUUUGGUCACCUACAAACAAGCAAGAUUUCUGGCUCUCACAGACCUGUAACUUCUUCUUUAAGAGGCUCCUCUGUCCUCCACUCGUUACCUGUAUUAAUGGCACCUGUUUGAACUUGUUAUCAGUAUAAAAGACACCUGUCCACAACCUCAAACAGUCACACUUCAAACUCCACUAUGGCCAAGACCAAAGAGCUGUCAAAGGACACCAGAAACAAAAUUGUAGACCUGCACCAGGCUGGGAAGACUGAAUCUGCAAUAGGUAAGCAGCUUGGUUUGAAGAAAUCAACUGUGGGAGCAAUUAUUAGGAAAUGGAAGACAUACAAGACCACUGAUAAUCUCCCUCGAUCUGGGGCUCCACGCAAGAUCUCACCCCGUGGGGUCAAAAUGAUCACAAGAACGGUGAGCAAAAAUCCCAGAACCACACGGGGGGACCUAGUGAAUGACCUGCAGAGAGCUGGGACCAAAGUAACAAAGCCUACCAUCAGUAACGCACUACGCCGCCAGGGACUCAAAUCCUGCAGUGCCAGACGUGUCCCCCUGCUUAAGCUAGUACAUGUCCAGGCCCGUCCGAAGUUUGCUAGAGUGCAUUUGGAUGAUCCAGAAGAGGAUUGGGAGAAUGUCAUAUGGUCAGAUGAAACCAAAAUAUAACUUUUUGGUAAAAACUCAACUCGUCGUGUUUGGAGGACAAAGAAUGCUGAGUUGCAUCCAAAUAACACCAUACCUACUGUGAAGCAUGGGGGUGGAAACAUCAUGCUUUGGGGCUGUUUUUCUGCAAAGGGACCAGGACGACUGAUCCGUGUAAAGGAAAGAAUGAAUGGGGCCAUGUAUCGUGAGAUUUUGAGUGAAAACCUCCUUCCAUCAGCAAGGGCAUUGAAGAUGAAACGUGGCUGGGUCUUUCAGCAUGACAAUGAUCCCAAACACACCGCCCGGGCAACGAAGGAGUGGCUUCGUAAGAAGCAUUUCAAGGUCCUGGAGUGGCCUAGCCAGUCUCCAGAUCUCAACCCCAUAGAAAAUCUUUGGAGGGAGUUGAAAGUCUGUCCCAAAACAUCACUGCUCUAGAGGAGAUCUGCAUGGAGGAAUGGGCCAAAAUACCAGCAACAGUGUGUGAAAACCUUGUGAAGACUUACAGAAAACGUUUGACCUGUGUCAUUGCCAACAAAGGGUAUAUAACAAAGUAUUGAGAAACUUUUGUUAUUGACCAAAUACUUAUUUUCCACCAUAAUUUGCAAAUAAAUUCAUUAAAAAUCCUACAAUGUGAUUUUCUGGAUUUUUUUCCCUCAUUUUGUCUGUCAUAGUUGACGUGUACCUAUGAUGACAAUUACAGGCCUCUCUCAUCUUUUUAAGUGGGAGAACUUGCACAAUUGGUGGCUGACUAAAUACUUUUUUCCCCCACUGUAUAUUGAAGCAACAUCUCAAGACAUCAGUCAGGAAGUUAAAGCUUGGUCGCAAAUGGGUCUUCCAAAUGGACAAUGACCCCAAGCAUACUUCCAAAGUUGUGGCAAAAUGGCUUAAGGACAACAAAGUCAACGUAUUGGAGUGGCCAUCACAAAGCCCUGACCUCAAUCCUGUUGAAAGUUGGUGGCCAGAACUGAAAAAGCGUGUGCGAGCAAGGAGGCCUACAAACCUGACUCAGUUACACCAGCUCUGUCAGGAGGAAUGGGUCAAAAUUCACCCAACUUAUUGUGGGAAGCUUGUGGAAAGCUACCCAAAUUGUUUGACCCAAGUUAAACAAUUUAAAGGCAAUGCUACCAAAUACUAAUUGAGUGUAUGUAAACGUCUGACCCACUGGGAAUGUGAUGAAAGAAAUAAAAGCUGAAAUAAAUCAUUCUCUCUACAAUUAUUCUGACAUUUCACAUUCUUAAAAUAAAGUGGUGAUCCUAACUGACCUAAGACAGGGAAUUUUUACUAGGAUUAAAAGUCAGGAAUUGUGAAAAACUGAGUUUAAAUGUAUUUGGCUAAGGUGUAUGUAAACUUCCGACUCCAACUGUAUAUGUAUACUGUGUGUGGUGACCUCUCAUUACAUCAACUAUUUGUUUGUGUAUUUUAUUGUACUGUAUUAUGUCUCACUUCUGUGCAGGCUGCAAAGAGUCAGUGGACCUUAGAUGAGAAGGUAGGGAUAUACAGUAGAAGGGAUGAGAGAGUGUGUCACGUCGUGGUAGGAAAACUCUAGAUUUAGAUGUAGUGUACAUGUUAACAUAGAAGACUUUCUGACUAACCACAAUAAACCUUUAUCAAUUGUUUUUCACCUAAUCUACUGAACCAUUUUCAUGUGUGUGAGUGUCUGUGUACAACAAAGAUUAGGCCUAUAUGGAAGGUCUUCGUCAGGUUGACAAUAGACUCUACAGGACCAUUACGCAUUAGUCCGUCCAGGAUUGAGCCUUAUUUUGUUGCGAAAUCAUAAAUUCCCGCAUAUUAUGCAGGGCUUGCAAAGUUGAUCAAUCACUGCACUAUUUCUGCAUUAAACAGUAAAAUCAUCGAAAUAUCACCCAUCACCGCAGUACAAAAAGAGGGCUCGCAAUUUCAACCAAUUACUGCGUAUUUACCACAUAAUAUGGUUCAAUCAAGCCACACAACAACAAAUGUUUUCCUCGCCAAAUGCAUUUGCGCAACAAAUUGGACAAAAUCAUUGCAUGUUGCCAUGCAAAAUGUCAGAAUUGGCACGGCAAAAUCAAGCGUUUUUGGCCACAAAUAAUCUCUGCGAAAUCGGUGAGGGACUGAUUUAGAGUUAGGCUAUAUCUAUUCCAUUGAUGUGUUGUGGCUUCACCUUAGGACCUGCAGCAGGUGAUGGUGUCUGGUCCCAACCUGAAUGAGACCAGCAUCGUCUCUGGAGGCUACGGAGGUCCUGCAGGGGGCAUCAUACCCACCUCCUCCAUCAAAGGUACACACAGCUCUACUGCUCUCACUAGUUCACUAGCUCCAUUAAAGGUACAGACAGCUCUCUCUAGUGCUCCCUACUGCUGUCACUGCAGUGCAUUACUGGAAUGUCCGCUUAAUUAUGUCCACUUAGGACUUAUUGAAUCAAUGAAUAGCCUAGUCCCUUUAGCAAGGUCUGUGCUGCUAGCUUGGUUUGUUAGCAUUAAGAGUGGUGAAGACUACAUUUUCAACUGCCCCAAUGUCAUUUGUCCUGAUGGAAUUCAAUUAAUUUUGUUUUUCUUUCAGGACCUUGCCAGAGGCAUGCUGUUCUGCAUCAGUUACUCUUUAUUUUGACCUAACCUUCUUUCUGUUCUUUCAGGAGUCUCUAUGAGUAACAAACAGUCUCUCUACUGUAUUGGCUAUUUUGAUUUUGAGAUCUACUUCCUACUCUCUCUUACUGACUAUCUUAACCAACCCUGUCCUCCAGGCCCUGCUAUCCGCUUCAACCCUCAGUAUGUGGACAGGAGACGCCCCCCUGCCCCUAACUGUGCCCUUGUCCCUGGAGCCGAACCUCAGCCCACAGGUGGCUUUGCACCUCUCAGCCACCUUCCACAAAACUGUAUACUUCCCUCUUUAAAGGUAGACUCAGCUAAAAUUAUGUUGCCACAAGCAGCACCGCAGAUAUUGAGAUGAGCGAGAUGCAAGACUAUGCUCUCACACAGUGAUUACUGAUCAAUUCAUUUAUACAUUUAUAGUUAGUAGGUUUUGUUAUCUGUUUUAACAAACCUUUUUAUUUUUGUACUUAUGUAUUGGAUAUUGUUUUUUGGUGGUUUGGUUUUCAUAUAAGCCACUGGGCUUCCAACCACACCACAAAUUAUUUGUUUUAUCUGUAUUGUUGUCUAUCACUUGUUUUCUUUGGUAAAAAAAACAGUCUCACACACUAUCUGCGCAUGUGCACAGGUUCGUUUCACUCUGUUCACAGUGUGGUAGCCUGGGAACCAAAACACCUGAGAAGUUGAGCCUCGCGCUUCAACACUCUUAGUUGUUGUGGAAAUUAACCCACUCUGCUGUUUACUCUCUGCAUCUACAUCAUAUUGCUGAGUCUACCUUUAACAGUUUUCCCCCUCUUUUAUUUUCUUCACCUGUUUACACUUUCAAUGGUGUAUUCAUUAGUUACUCUUUAAUUCUGUGGGAGAAUGAGCCUUGCCUGUAGCUUGGGUUGCUGUUUAACCCCAGACACAGUUGAAGUCCCUCUUUUCAACAACACUGUGUACCUCUACAGAUGUCAUGGGAAAGAAGGGAAUGCUGCUGUACUGUCGGAUGUUAACAAAAAAACUAGCUAUGUUUACUAACCUGACUGACUUCAUUGCAGAGCUGUUUGAUUUACUGUGUUAUGUUUGUGUGAAUGUUUCUAAUGAUGACAACUUCAUCCCAAAUGGCACCCUAUUCACCACAUAGUGCACUACUUUUCACCAGAGCCUUAUGGCUCCCCCAUAGGCAAUAUGGUGCCAUUUUGGACGCAUCCUAUGUAUGCAAAUGUGCCAUGAAGCAGUUAACUAAUGGAAUGUUGAGGUUCAUUAACUCACCACAUGACAUGUGCAUCAUUUCAUACAUUACUAUUACUUAUGUUGCGUUUUCAUUCUGUUGUUUUUUCGACAUGGAAAACCUGCAUGACUCACUAUCACCAUCCUCUCACCCCUGUAACACGUUCACCACCUUCAUCUAUUUUCUCCAAUGUCAUUGAUCACAUAUCCUCACAUCUCCUCUGCCCAUCCUCCCCCCAUGUCCAUUCCAGACCUGCGAAUGAAGUCCAGGGGACAGGGUGUAGGUCUGGUCUCCAGCCAGUCAGCAGCCAGCAUGAUAGCCAACCAAAACCAGACCGACCAGCCAUUCACAGGUACCACUGGAGAUGCAAAAUUCCAGGUUUCACAAAAUUCCCAGGUUUUCUAGAAAUCCUGGUCGGAAGAUUUCCGGAAUUGGAAGGUAAUUCCAGAAUUACUAUAAGCGGUAAAUCCAGAAUUCUGAAACCAGGGUUUCUGGAAAACGUGGACAUUUGACCUGGGAAUGAUACUGGAAUGUUGCAGCCCUACACUGGACCCAUACAGCACCACCCUCCUUUACUCCACUUCACUCUGUUCACUCAUUCACUGGCCUGGAGAUACUGUAGUAGUUGCCUCCUUAUAACGCAACAGUUUGAAAUGAUCAUACUGCCAAAUGAUGAGGUUUACAGUCUUUCUUUACAUUGGACCCAUACAGCACCACCCUCCUUUACUCCACUUCACUCUGUUCACUCAUUCAUUUCAUUCAGUCCUCUCAACUGAUCAAUCAAUCACUGUCAUACUAUUUGUCUCAAAGACAUACUUGGUACAUGAAAGGAAUAUUUCAGGUGUUUGCUUUGAGGAGUAGUGAUGAGGAGAGUGCCCAACUAAGCACUGAUCUACCACUGUGUGUAAUCUGUGUAUCGUAGCGCUACUGACUGAAGCUGGUUUUGUGACAGCGUUCAUAGUAAAUGAGAUGGACAGUCCAUCUUCUUUACUAUAGGUCUCAGCAACCAACCACCUUAAGGAAUCCUCUGAGAGUGAGCAUGUUAUUUAUUAUCCUUUGUGUCAGGGUUGGGGAUGCACCACAGUAACAGCAACCAGAACAUGUCAGCGGAGGAGGCUAACCGGGGUGUGGCUGUGGAGAAACUAGACAGCGUUAAGAAGUGGGGUAUCAACACCUACAAGGUACAGAACAGAACCCGUCUCCUGGGGAACAUUUGUUGAAGCCAUACUUCACAGAAUCUUCACUGUGUUCUAUGGGUGUGAUUGCGACUGCACUGGUAUGAUCAUUUGUCUUCAUACAAGACUGGGAAUAAUUUCCUCCUUGGAAAACGAGUAACUAUUCUAUUCGGUUCUAUUCUGAACACAUCUCUCCAUAUCGUCUUUAUCCCAGUGUGUCAAGCAUAUAUUCUCAUCUCCUCUUCUGUUCUCUCCUUUAUCCUAAUCACGUCUCUCCAUCUCUACCCCAGUGUACCAAGCAGAUGUUCUCGGAGAGGUUCGGCCGUGGUUCUCGGACGGUGGACCUGGAGCUGGAGGCCCAGAUAGAUGUGCUCAGGGACACCAAGAGGAAGUACGAGUCUGUCCUGAGACUGACCAGCGCCCUGACCAGCCACUUCUACAACAUGGUCCAGACCCAGCAGUCCCUGGGAGACACCUUCGCGGACCUCAGCCAGAAAUCACCUGAACUACGGGUAAGAAAGACUUCUAACCCCUGAAUUUUAACACCUGACCCCUAACCUUAACCCGUAGACCUCAGCCCAGAUAGAAAUCAGCUGCAGAUGGCACACUGUCUGAAAUUGGCCCCCAAAUAUUUUUCUGAAAAUCCAGGAUGUAAUUUUGGGUUGGAAUCCAGGCUACCUUCCUGAAUUGUAAUCAAUCCAUAAAUACCUAAUGUAGAGGAAAAGUCAGUAUGGGGUAGGGCGUCAUUGUAAAUAAGAAUUUGUUCUUUACUGACUUGCCUAGUUAAAUAUUUCCUGUCGCAGUGGUUGGCCCACAGGUACUUGUCACAGAAUCCCGAAUCCAGGCUCUUGGAGCCGGCACUACCGGGCCAUGAGGACACACAAUUGCCAGGCUGCAGGGGGAGGUAAGGCCGCAUGAUAUACUGGGAAAUAAAGAUUUGUCUCACCAAUUUAUGCUAUGACUCCCAUUAAAAUAUGAGAGAGGCCUGUAGUUUUCAUCAUAGGUACACGUCAACUAUGACAGACAAAUUUGAGAGAAAAAAAUCCAGAAAAUCACAUAGUAGGAUUUUUAAUGAAUUUAUUUGCAAAUGAUGGUGGAAAAUAAGUAUUUGGUCACCUACAAACAAGCAAGAUUUCUGGCUCUCACAGACCUGUAACUUCUUCUUUAAGAGGCUCCUCUGUCCUCCACUCGUUACCUGUAUUAAUGGCACCUGUUUGAACUUGUUAUCAGUAUAAAAGACACCUGUCCACAACCUCAAACAGUCACACUCCAAACUCCACUAUGACCAAGACCAAAGAGCUGUCAAAGGACACCAGAAACAAAAUUGUAGACCUGCACCAGGCUGGGAAGACUGAAUCUGCAAUAGGUAAGCAGCUUGGUUUGAAGAAAUCAACUGUGGGAGCAAUUAUUAGGAAAUGGAAGACAUACAAGACCACUGAUAAUCUCCCUCGAUCUGGGGCUUCACGCAAGUUCUCACCCCGUGGGGUCAAAAUGAUCACAAGAAUGGUGAGCAAAAAUCCCAGAACCACACGGGGGGACCUAGUGAAUGACCUGCAGAGAGCUGGGACCAAAGUAACAAAGCCUACCAUCAGUAACACACUACGCCGCCAGGGACUCAAAUCCUGCAGUGAAAGACGUGUCCCCCUGCUUAAGCCAGUACAUGUCCAGGCCCGUCUGAAGUUUGCUAGAGUGCAUUUGGAUGAUCCAGAAGAGGAUUGGGAGAAUGUCAUAUGGUCAGAUGAAACCAAAAUAGAACUUUUAGGUAAACACUCAACUCGUCGUGUUUGGAGGACAAAGAAUGCUGAGUUGCACCAUACCUACUGUGAAGCAUGGGGGUGGAAACAUCAUGCUUUGGGGCUGUUUUUCUGCAAAGGGACCAGGACGACUGAUCCGUGUAAAGGAAAGAAUGAAUGGGGCCAUGUAUCGUGAGAUUUGGAGUGAAAACCUCCUUCCAUCAGCAAGGGCAUUGAAGAUGAAACGUGGCUGGGACUUUCAGCAUGAGAAUGAUCCCAAACACACCGCCCGGGCAACGAAGGAGUGGCUUUGUAAGAAGCAUUUCAAGGUCCUGGAGUGGCCUAGCCAGUCUCCAGAUCUCAACCCCAUAGAAAAUCUUUGGAGGGAGUUGAAAGUCCAUGUUGCCCAGCGACAGCCCCAAAACAUCACUGCUCUAGAGGAGAUCUGCAUGGAGGAAUGAGCCAAAAUACCAGCAACAGUGUGUGAAAACCUUGUGAAGACUUACAGAAAACGUUUGACCUGUGUCAUUGCCAACAAAGGGUAUAUAACAAAGUAUUGAGAAACUUUUGUUAUUGACCAAAUACUUAUUUUCCACCAUAAUUUGCAAAUAAAUUGAAUUUUAUUUCUCAUUUUGUCUGUCAUAGUUGACGUGUACCCUAUGAUGAAAAUUACAGGCCUCUCUCAUCUUUUUAAGUGGGAGAACUUGCACAAUUGGUGGCUGACUAAAUACUUUUUUUCCCCACUGUAGCUCAGUUGAUAGAGCAUGGCGUUUGCAACGCCAGGGUUGUGGGUUCGAUUCCCACGGGGGGCCAGUAUAAAAAAAUAUGUAUUCACUAACUGUAAGUCGCUCUGGAUAAGAGAGUCUGCUAAAUGACUAAAAUAUAAAAUGUAAAUGUAAAUAAAAAUAAAUACAUGUAAACGCAAGUGUUUGUGUCCACAGGAUGAGUUUGGCUACAAUGCAGAGACCCAGAAGUUGUUGUGUAGGAACGGGGAGGCUCUGCUUGGAGCCAUCAACUUCUUUGUGUCCAGCAUCAAUACACUGGUCAACAAGACCAUGGAGGACACACUGAUGACAAUCAAACUGUACGAGGCUGCAAGGUAAUAAUACAGAUGGGAGGGUUAGAAAGGUGCAGGGCCUGGAGAUACUGUAGUAGUUGCCUCCUUAUAACGCAAAAGUUUCAAAUGAUCAUACUGCCAAAUUAUAAUGAGGUUUACAGUCUUUUUUUACACAGAUCUGUGCUCCUUUACGCCACAAAAAUGUGGCUCUAUAUCUAUGAUUGCCAGAGACAUUAUAUAGAGUAUGUUUGUCUACAUGACAUCAUAGUUUUGUGUGUCAGGCUGGAGUUUGAUGUGUACCAUGUUUGAUGGUUAUACGUUGUUAUGGGGUGUUAUGUGGGUGUUUUAUAGGCUUGGGUGGUAUACCGUAUAUACCGUAUACCGGGGUAUUUGGAAAAAGCCACAGGAUGGUUUUUCAAUACUCUCAAAACUAUUUAUUUGAAGAUUAUCAAUACAUCUGAAUAUUUCUAGCUACUUUUUAAGUUAAUACCUGCAGUCAACUUGUGCAGUACUUUAGGAGAUAAAGCAGAUUGUGUUCUUCAUUUCACCUGUCAAAUUAUUUUACAUUAUGAAGCUUACUGUAGUUCCCCAGAACAGUUAAGCUAGUCACGUGUUUGUUUGUAAAUAGCACAACGGGAGACAGCGUUCUAUAUCUAUCGGCGAGUCUCUGUUGUGCGGCGCACAUGAGGUGAAGAAGUUACACUUGUAUGCAAUUCACUACUAAAUGUUUGCCAUCAGAUAUCUUAUAACGGCUUUCUGCCAUGUUUGAGAAGUCAAAGAGCUCUGGAUGAGUUAUCUGUACAGCUGUCAUUUGUUCCCUGUGCUUCCUAUUAGCGGUUUAUACCUCCUCGUUCUCCUCCCCUCUGCUCCGUGUACACAUGCUGCUCUUCCUUGAGAAAAGCAUGCAUCACAACUUUGUUCAUUUGCACAGUUUCUCUCAUUCACUUUCGCUUGGAAAUGUCCACACUCACCGGAAAUGACAUUUGGUAGCUACUAGCUAUGCUUGUAUAACUUUAUGAGCUGGAUUUGCCUGUCUUUGCAAUUGGUUUAUGUUCGUUUUCGCUCGUUAGCAUUUAGCUAACAGUGUCUAUGUGACUUCUCUAUUAAGUGUGCUAAUUCUGUUAGCAUUCUGGUACUAGACGCCCAAUGGGCUUUUUUUGCGCCGCCUUGUGUGCUAUGCCGGUAAUACCGUAAAUCCCGGGAUGGCAGAAGAACGAAUGGUAUGAAAAUCUGGAUACCGCCCAAGCCUAGUUUUACUCUGCCUCUCCUCCCCUCUCCCAGGCUAGAGUUUGAUGCGUACAGGGCCGACCUGGAGGAGUUGAGUCUGGGUCCUCGUGAUGCUGCCACCAUGGUGCGUAUAGAGGUGUCCCAGCAGCAGUACCAGGUGCAGAGAGACAAGUACGAACGACUGCGCUCAGACGUCACCAUCAAACUCAAGUUCCUGGAGGAGAACAAGGUGGGCUUGUUAGUUAUUUGGUUAGUUUGUUAGUUCAUUGGUUAGUUAGGUGGUUAGUUACUUUACAAUAAUGCUACAUCUCUCUCUCUGUGUCUCUCUCUCUCUGUGUCUCUCUCUCUCUGUGUCGCUCUCUCGCUCUCCUCUCUCUCUCUCUCUGUGUGUGUGUGUGUGUAGGUGAAGGUGAUGCACAAGCAGCUGCUCCUCUUCCAUAAUGCUAUCUCAGCCUACUUCGCUGGGAACCAGCAGCAGUUGGAACAGACACUGAGACAGUUCAACGUCAAGUUAAAGCCCCCAGGGUCAGACAAGCCCUCCUGGCUGGAGGAGAGCUAGAGUGAUCAGCUCCCAGUCCUCUGGGCCCGUAUGUAUCAAGCAUCUCAGAGUACGAGUGAUGAUCUAGGAUCAGUUUAGCCUUUUAGAUCAUAAUGAAUAAGAUUAUAUGGACAGAUCCUAGAUCAGCACUCUUACUCUGAGAUGCUUGAUACAUACAGCACCAGGUCUCAGUCAGGUCUCUGGUAUAUAUGGGACACACAGACGGAGAGACACACUGGGGUUGGAAGAAACCAGAGGAAUGGAUGGAUAGACGGAUGA